CCCGAGCGAGCGGGAUUCGGGGGCGCUCGAGUCGCAGGGGCAGGGCGGGAAGGAAGAUCCGGAGCGGGACUCAGGAUCCGGAGCUGGAGCCCCCAGAACUUUCCCGGCGUGAACGAGCGAGCGGGUCUGGACGCGUGAGACCGGCUCCAUGUACCCGGAAUCGACCACGGGCUCCCCAGCCAGGCUGUCCCUGCGGCAGACGGGCUCCCCAGGGAUGAUCUACAGUACUCGGUAUGGGAGCCCCAAAAGACAGCUCCAGUUUUACAGGAAUCUGGGCAAGUCCGGCCUGCGGGUGUCCUGCCUGGGGCUUGGAACGUGGGUGACCUUUGGAGGCCAGAUCACCGAUGAGAUGGCAGAGCAGCUCAUGACCUUGGCCUACGACAACGGCAUCAACCUCUUCGAUACCGCAGAAGUCUACGCAGCCGGCAAGGCUGAAGUCGUGCUGGGGAACAUCAUCAAGAAGAAAGGCUGGAGACGGUCCAGCCUCGUCAUCACCACCAAGAUCUUCUGGGGCGGGAAAGCCGAGACGGAGAGGGGCCUCUCCAGGAAGCACAUCAUAGAAGGACUGAAGGCGUCGCUGGAACGCCUGCAGCUGGAGUACGUGGACGUGGUGUUUGCCAACCGCCCGGACCCCAACACGCCCAUGGAAGGGGACCCAUUUAGUUCCUCCAAGGCAAGGACAUUCAUCAUAGAAGAGACCGUGCGUGCUAUGACCCACGUCAUCAACCAGGGGAUGGCCAUGUACUGGGGCACUUCGCGCUGGAGCUCCAUGGAGAUCAUGGAGGCCUACUCGGUGGCCCGACAGUUCAACCUGAUCCCGCCCAUCUGUGAGCAGGCCGAGUACCACAUGUUCCAGCGCGAGAAGGUGGAGGUGCAGCUGCCGGAGCUGUUCCACAAGAUAGGAGUGGGCGCCAUGACCUGGUCCCCUCUGGCCUGUGGCAUCGUGUCUGGGAAGUACGACAGUGGCAUCCCGCCCUACUCGCGAGCCUCCUUGAAGGGCUACCAAUGGCUCAAAGACAAGAUCCUGAGCGAGGAGGGCCGGCGCCAGCAGGCCAAGCUGAAGGAGCUGCAGGCCAUCGCCGAGCGCCUGGGCUGCACCCUCCCCCAGCUGGCCAUUGCCUGGUGCCUGCGGAAUGAAGGCGUCAGCUCCGUGCUCCUGGGUGCUUCCAACGCAGAGCAGCUCAUGGAGAACAUUGGCGCCAUACAGGUCCUCCCAAAACUGUCCUCUUCCAUCACCCACGAGAUCGAUAGUAUUUUGGGCAAUAAACCCUACAGCAAAAAGGACUACAGGUCCUAAGCGGCGCCCACCCGCCUGCUGGACAGUGUCCGUGCCCCUCCUAGUCUCUGUCCACUCGCUUACGCUGUCCUGAAGCCAAGUGCAGAGUGUGGUUUGCAUCCGGAGAAAACACCACGCCACGUCGUCAUCAGGAACCACUCUCCAGAGUCGCCGCAGACACCACCCACCGCUCCGCCGGCCCGCGUGGGGUCGGUGCCGGGAGACAGCCGUUCCACAGGGCGUCCAGGGCUCCCGCCCGCACCUGGCGCCUCUGCUCAUCCUCCAAGAAGAAGCCACCCAGUUCUCUCCCAGCCACAGCCCUUCACGGACACUCCCCAAGUCAUGGCCAGGCCAAGACCUGCUGGGGUCCUCGGGGCAGGCAGGGCUGGCCUCUCCUCUGCCGAGAGCCCCCGCCUGGAAACAGGGGUCUGGCGCUUCCUGGGGCCGCCUCUGCCAGGGUCCUGGCCGCUGGGGCAGGGCAGGGCCACUCAUCCCCCCACUUUCCAAGGGCUUCUGGUGCUUUCCGCUGGGCCUGACCUCAGAUUUCUCCCCCCACCCUUCCCUGCCGCUAGCUGCUCCACAUAGAGCCGGCCCUUGGCCCCCACCCCACCCUUGCUGGCCGGGACCAGGGACCCAGGGUGAUUGGCCGGCAGCACAGGAGCCACAACACGUGUGGGGCUCUGGUUUCCAGCCCAAUGCCACAUCGUCUCUCUCCAUCUCCCGACACACAUCCAUGGAGACCCCCGCGUGCUUAGGAGGGUUCUCGGAUCCCUUAGCAGGGGCCUGGUAGAGUGGGCCCCCAAAGGCCCUGAGGCUGCUGACCACAUGGUGGGAAGUGGCAGAAGGCAGGGCCCCCACGCGCACAAGGCCAAGUUCCUCGUGGCUGGUGAACACCCUCUACACACCCCCACCCCAGGCUCUACUGUGCGCCGGGGUCUGGGUGUGGGCUCCAGGGAGGACCCCUCAGUAAGGGAGGGUCCCUGGGGUCCUCCAUGCUGCUGUACCCCCAGCAGCAGCCCCACAGUGCAGGAAAAGGCCCAGGGAGUCUCUGGAGAGAUGCCGGCACUGGUCAUCCCCCUGGCCACACCUGCACCCCGGCCUACAGACAGGAGCAGGGUUGGGGCAGGAAGGGCAGAGGGUCCACCAGAGCUGGGACGCUGAUGCCAGGAAGUCUGCAGGCUUGCCCAGCCCUGAGGUCCCGAGUCCCAGCGUUUGCAGCACCCUGAGCUAGCUGUGCCUCCAGCCCUCACGGCACACCCCCAGGCCAGGCACACCUGCUCCAGCCCUCACGGCACACCCCCAGGCCAGGCACACCUGCUCCAGCCCUCACGGCACACCCCCAGGCCAGGCAUACCUGCUCCAGCCCUCACGGCACACCCCCGGGCCAGGCACACCUGCUCCAGCCCUCACGGCACACCCCCGGGCCAGGCACACCUGCUCCUGCCCUCACGGCACACCCCCAGGGCAGGCACACCUGCUCCUGCCCUCACGGCACACCCCCGGGCCAGGCACACCUGCUCCUGCCCUCACGGCACACCCCCGGGUCAGGCACACCUGCUCCUGCUUGGCCCUUAGAAGCUGCUGUUCUGAGAAGGCCCCUCCCUGGGCUUGCUGCCCGGUCCUGGCCCUGACUGGGGCCUGGGAACUUGGCCAUGGGGGAGGCAGGGGAAGAGAGGAGUGGGGGGACUUGGCUUCCUCCACUCCUUCCACCUGGGGGCCUACCCUGGAGUCUGGACCCCUACCCCUCCCCAUGGACCAGGCCCCAGGUCUCCAUCGAGGCCUGUGACAAGCAUCGCUGGAAGCCAGCUGGGGGUGUGGGGAGGGGCAGCAUCCCUCCCAGUGGAGGCCCAGCCUGCGGUGUGGACAGGCAGGCCAGAAGGGCCACAGGGCCCACCCCCGCUGGCAGGGAGCAUGGCUGGGCCCUCCACACUGCCAGCCCCUGGUCCCGCCCAUUGGAAGAUGGACCAGGGAAUGUGGUGGUGCCUAGGUCGAGGCUGGGGCUCCCCCAGGGCCACGCCCAGUAAAGCUGAGUUCCCGUUGGCUGCGUGUGGGCCCCUGGGGAGCCACAGCCACGGUCUAGGCACCCGGGCAGCCGCCAGGCCGGCACUUGCACGCGCCUCUUUCUUCCAUUUUCUCCAUGGCUGGGGUGCUGCUCCCCCCGACCUCACAGCGGGGUGGCUGGGGAGGGACGGAGUGGGCCCAGGAGGGACCGGACCAAGGACAGAGAGCCAGAAACGCAGGAGCCGGCUCCUGUUCUCCAAGGCCCGGCACAGGCCUGGGACGCCAGGUCUCCCCCUCGCAGCCACCCUGUGGGCCCCACCACCCGCCACCCUCACCUUGCAGCCCAGUGUGUCCCGGCCAGUCCCCCUCCAGGGGUGCUCCACGUAGGAGGCGGCCCGGGCAGGCGGUGAGGCAGGGUCUCCCGCCCUGCUGCCAUGCAGAGCCCCCACGGUUGCUCAUCGCAGCCCCUUGGUCAGGUCCAAGGUCCUGAGGAAGGGCGGGGCGCCCUCCCCUCUGUCCUCAUCCAGCCGUGUGAAUAAUGUGCUCUCUGCCCCCUUUUUUAACGACUGUGGCCCCCAGCUCACCGCACCCCCACUAGGCAGAGACCUCCAGACGCCUCGAGCUUCCACGCGAGACUCAAGACAGAGACGCCGCGCCGCGCCGGUGGAAUGACACAAUAAACCCGAGC